AUGCCGCGUGAAGGGGCAAGUGGCUUGUGGCGCUCGGAGGACAUGAUUCGUCUUGAUGUCAUCACACAACGUGAGGUUCUGUACGAAACAGUUGUCUGCAUUGGGCUCCUUGGAAAGGCAAAGUUUGUGGACGUGAAUAACGACGUGACCGCCUUUUCGCGACAUUUUACGACUGAAAUUCGUCGCUACGAUGAAAUGGAGAGAAAGCUCUCUAUAAUCAACGGGGAGCUGGCGAGGGAGAGGGAGUUGGUUGAGGCGUGCUCCCCUUCAUUGGAUGCUCACGACGAUGUGAAGAGAAUUUUGUGCAGCACCAUGAUUGAGGAAGACGAGGAAAAGGUUGACUCACUGGUGGAGGAGUUGAAAAGAGUAAACGCAUCGCUUCAAGGCCUGCGAAGUGAGAUGAAUUUCCGCCUUGAGUUGUCUUUACUUCACACGCGGCUACAGGACCUCGUGUCGUCCCAAUUCUCUCAGCCAUCUGUUGCGUUCCUGCAGACAUCACACUUACUAGGAAUGGUGGAUGCAGCCCGAGCAGAGGCGAUGUACGCAAUGGCCUACCGGGCAACCAAAGGCAAUGUCCUCAUAGAGCUAGAUAACAAGCCCGCCAUGCUCCUUGAUCCAAUAACUGGCGAACGAUGUAUUGCCAAAACACCUUUCGCCAUAUUUGCGCCUUCACCUGGUUUACUGAAGCGGGUGGAGCGUCUUGUUCUAACGCUUGGAGCGACGGUUCACUCAUUGCGAGAUGUAUCGCAGGCUAAGAUGGAAGGACAGCAUCGCGAAAUGGAGGAAUUACAAGAAAUGUACGACAGGAUGCAUGUACGUAAACUGGAGCUUAUUCAGCAGCAUGCUCGCAUUUAUCAUGAGUUGCUUCGAAUUGUGCGAAUGAAGAAAAAAGUAUUUACAAUCAUGAAUUUGUGUGUUGUGAGUGGUUCGACAUGUACUGCAUCCGUAUGGAUUCCAAAAAAGCAUGAACAUACUCUUCGUGCUGCAAUAAGGGAGGCCGUGCAUGCAUCUGCAGGAGAGGUGUUUUCUGUCGUUACACUUCACUCCUCACAAAGAAAUCCUCCCACAUUUUUUGAUACCAACAAAUUUACGCAAUGUUUUCAGAGCAUUGUGGACAGUUACGGCGCGGCUCGAUACAAGGAAAUAAAUCCAGGAGUAUUUACCAUUGUGACAUUUCCUUAUUUAUUUGGUAUUAUGUAUGGUGAUAUUGGUCACGGUAUGUUGUUGUUGCUUUUUGCUUUUUAUUUAAUUUUGAUGGAAAAUCGUUGGAAUCGUUGCCAGUUGAAUGAAAUUUUGGCCAUGCUUUUUGGCGGCCGUUACCUGUUGUUGCUGAUGGGUGUUUUCUCCAUUUACAUGGGGGCUCUCUACAACGACUUUUUUGGCUUUUCAGUUGGGCUGUUUUCUAGCGCGUACGCAUGGCCCCCUAUUGGCGAACAAAAUGGGACCGUACACCCCCUGGGUGAGAAGAACCGAACGGGUAUUUACCCAAUGGGACUUGAUGUCGCAUGGGCAGAGACGGAGAACAAGUUGGAAUUUUACAAUUCUGUCAAAAUGAAGUGUGCUGUCAUUGUUGGUGUGGUUCAGAUGCUCACAGGAAACGUCCUUUCGCUGUUUAAUCACAUCUACAAUCGAGAACUCCACAAGGCUAUUUUUCUCUUUAUCCCAGAAAUACUUUUUCUUCUUUGCACAUUUGGUUACAUGUCGCUUCUUAUUGUGGUAAAAUGGUGUACGCGGUGGGAGAACACGAGUGAGGCUCCAAGUAUACUGGAAACCAUGACAAACUUCUUUUUACAGCCUGGUAUAGUGUCACAGCCGCUCUAUAAUGGGCAGAAAUGGGUCCAAAUCUUACUACUGCUCACAGCGUUUGCCAUGGUUCCUGUGAUGUUGCUUGUGAUGCCUCUUAUUGAGGUCCGCAAACACAGGGAAGAGUAUUUGGGAUAUCGUUUGUUUUUGGACAGUGUCUCACUGCCGGCAAUCAACGGGAGCGACUCAAAAACGAGUGAGGAUCCAAUCGUUACCGUCUCCACUGCACGUCGGAAUGAGUUCCCUGUAGCUAGUUUAGAGAAUACGUUGGGUAGCCAUUUAGGUAUGGGUUGGGAGAAUAAUCACACUGAAGACACACCUUUGGGGCAUGCUUCGUACGGUACUGGUGCCGCUCCUGCUGAUUAUGAUGAUUAUGAGGGGGGAAAUCGCUUAGAUUCGUCUGAGGUUUUUAUUCAUUAUGUGAUACACACUAUCGAGUAUGUUCUUGGUUGCGUAUCGAAUACUGCAUCGUAUCUUCGCCUGUGGGCCCUUUCAUUGGCUCACGCACAACUGUCAGAAGUAUUCUUUAACUUUGCGGUGGUAAAGGUGCUGGGCAUGGAUACAACAGGUGUCUUUAUUGCCGCGGGAAUUGCCAUUUGGUUGGCAGUGACGCUGGCAGUGCUUGUGGGGAUGGAGGCUCUUUCUGCCUUUUUGCAUGCUCUUCGUUUACAUUGGGUGGAGUUUAACAACAAGUUUUACGUCGGUGAUGGCGUUGCACACGAACCAUUUGACUUGCUGGAUUACUUGGAGUAUUAA